AUGAUUUCUCUGAGCAACGAUGACCUGAUUCAGCCUGACCAAGUUGAUGAUCAUUCUGGAUUGAGCCGUUCCGAAUUGCGAGCACCGGAUGGACCGACCGAAUUUCGGCUGGAACCGGGUGAGCGGUAUGGAUGGUGGGUUGAUCAUGAGCCAGACAAGGAUUCGCAUGAGGUGGCUACGGUACAUGGCGCAGUGAACGACUUCCGCUUGCAGAUUUUGUUGGACACCGGAGCGUCGGUGAGUAUGAUCAGUUUGGAUCUUGCGCGUAGACUCAAGAUCAAGCUCAACCGGCAUAAACAGAUCAAGGUGUCCGGACUGGGUGGCAAUACCACUUACAUCUCUGCUAGCACGCAAGUCAAGAUCACGCUCGGAUCGAGAGUGGUGUACGUCAUGGACAUCUGGGUUGCGAAUAUCGGUGAAGGUGUGGACGUGCUAUUGGGUAUGAACUUUAUGUUCUGUGCCGGCGUUCGGUUAUGUGUACGAGAAGGACUUCUGCAGUUACCGGAUGAAGAGCCUGUGCUCAUGUACGGGGACAAGGUGCAACGCCGACAAGGAAUGAGGUUGCCAGUCCAAGCGCCGGAGACCCUGUACCUUCGACCCGGUGAGGAGGCUGUUGUGCGCAUCCGGUUCGGCCAAGCCAACCCACAGCGAGAAGUGGUGUGGGCUGGACGUGGUGAUCGCUGGGUGACCAAGAUCGUGUACGGAGCGAAGUCCUGGCCCGAGGCAGUCAAGGUCGUAAACAUCUCGUCCAACAAUCUCUGGAUCGUGGCCGGGACCACGCUGGCCUACAUUGUGGAGUAUGGAUUCUUUCCGACCGUAGGACGGUUCGUCCGUCCAGGAUCGAGGGCAUACAGGGAGUGGCAGGUGAUGAUCUACGAGAACACCUUGUCCAAACAGGGUCAGCUGAGGGAACAACGUCGGCUGCAAUCACUCUGGGAUCGUGAACCGCCCGCCGUGGAGCCUGCGAAGUACUCAUGGCCGACCAAGUUGAUGCUACAUCCGGACGGGUAG